AUUUAAUAUGCUGUCGCAUUGUUUUGAUAUUUAGAAUGUAGUCACCAUUGACACCAUUAGUAUGUAUUCAAUAUUUUCUAUACAAAAUAAAUAUAUUAUAUAUGCUAUUAAUAUGUAAAAAAAACUUUUUUUCAGAAUACUUUCGUUUUAUGACCACAAUGUUAAGUAUAGCCAAUGUUAGCAAAAACCUUACGAACGAUGAAAGGAAAUUGUAUUUGUCAGCGUUACAGCAAGAGUCAACCAUUGCCUUUAUUCCAACGUUUGUGUAUUUAGGACUCUUGGCCGUGGUUGGUAUUCCAGGCAAUAGUUUGGUAAUCAUUGUUUAUCAGACCAAGAUGACAAUCAAACCUUUAAGUAUUUUCAUCAUCAGCAUGGCUGUCAUUGACCUUAUUAUCUGUACGUUGAUUUUACCAGGUGAAUUUUAUCAUCUGUUUCAUGUAUGGGAUUUUCCUGAGAAACUUGUAUGCCAGUUUUAUUUGUCCGUAAGUGCUUGGCUUGUCAUAUCAUCUGGUUUAAUGUUGGUUGCCAUAGCAAUUAUUAGGUACAUGAUGAUAUGCAACCCUUUAAAAAAACAAGUGACACCGACACGCGCUAAAUGUAUCUGUUCUUUAAAUAUCUUCAUUGCGAUAGUGGUCUCAAUACCCCACGGAAUUCUGCAAGGAAAACACAGCCGACAGACACAACAUCCAAACAUUGUUGGUUAUUAUUGUCAAGUGGACGACAGCUAUGUUGAAACAAUAUGGCCGACUUUAGACUCUGCUUUUUUCUUUCUUUUGUUUAUCGUAACUAGCUUCAUAGUGACAUAUUGCUAUGUACGUAUCGGGUGUUUCAUUAGAAGACAUGGAAAGAAUGUCCAUCAAAGGAAUUAUUCCCCAGCUACACUAAAGGCUGCUAAUGAUGUGGAAAUGUCACACACAGAUCUAAAAGUUACAGACAUGAAAACACAAAAUAAAAGUUGUUCAACAUAUGCGGUUCAAACAGCUAUCAAUGAUACAUCAGAAAGUGUGGUUGCUAUUUCAGACCUCAGUGAAAUAAAUACCGAAAAUAACAAUAACAUUAAAACUAAUUUAAAAAAAUACAAUGUAGAUGAAUCCUUUCCCCCUAAGAACCUUGGUAGAGAUGUCUACUCCACAGACGACAUCGUCCUAGAUAACAUUGUUACCAAACAAAAAGGUGACUUUACCAUCCCAAGUCAUGGCAAGCAAGUUUGUUUCCUUAAAAAAAAUAGAAAGCAUUUAAUCAGAACACAUCUUAUGAUGCUAACAGUAACUCUUGUCUUUUUUCUGGGAUUUCUUCCUUACCUUGGUUUAAAUGUUCUAAUUGCUGUUUCUCCAGAGACAGUGGUCUUACUGCAAGGAUGGUCUUUGGCGAUAUAUCAGUUGUUUUUAAACUCGUAUCUUGUAAACUGUGCUGUUAAUCCAGUCAUCUACAGUUUGAUGGAUCAGAAGUUUAAAAAUAUUUGCAUCAAAAUGUUUCAAAGCAAGCAUUGAGUACACAUAUAAAUAUAAAACAAAAAUAUAACUAGAAUUACCCACCAGCUACGCCCGUGGAUUUGUUCCUAGGCUUAAUAUUGGUGUUUUUUUUCAACACCAUUCCCAAUUUUUUUUUAGUUCUUCCUAUACAACGGGCCACCAGUUAGGAUGAUGAAACUGAUUGGCUAAUAUUUUCAUUACUUUCCAUAACGCCCGAUGAAUUCUCUUGCAAUGGGUCAACACGUCCUUGUACACUACAUUUCUGGUUUUCGUAUUUGGCUGGAGGAUGAUCAAGCUGUCAGGCGAGCUUACUCUGAAACUUACAAACUAUGAUUGCCCAUGAGAGUGAGCAAUCUGUCCUGAGAGCCGCUCCAGCCAUUUUCAAACUCUGCUCCUUUGACUUAUUGAUAGCAUUGUGCCGUUGCACAGUUUUUUUGUUUUGGGGGGGGGGGGGUAGAUUUCUUAACAGUAUGAUUGGAGCUCGAGCCUUAAGGCGUAGCACAUAAGGAGGUAUCUCUAGUAGAUCAAGAGUGUGAAGGAAUCCAAAAAGGGAAUGAACUGCAUCUUCAAUUUCUACUAAAUGUAAAAUAUAAGGACUCAUAUGUCCUCAACUCAGUGGGUAGUUUCCCUAAGAGAAAAUUGUUAAUGCAGUUUGCCGAGUGAGAAUGGCCCAUUGCCCUUAGCCAUGAAGGACAAUCGGUCCGAUCUUUAUCUUCCAACUCUUUGUUUUUACAAUACGUCUAUUCAAGUCACACAUUCAUGGAAACUGUUCCCUUCUGGGUGGGUGGGUAGAAACGUUCUUUGAAAACGGCUCUAAUGAUUGUCCUUGAAUCAACUAGAAACUAAAAGCCUAGUUGAUGUUUGGAACAGAAUAACUAACUCAUUGGCCACUUCGGGAAAAAACUCUUGUUUGAGUUAUAAUUUUUCAAAGCAUAAAAGAAACAUUAAAUAUGUGUAGAGAUCUAGAAAAUCUUUAUCUUGAACAGAUUACGUCUUGUGGUAUGUCCAGAUGUAGGCACUAGUCUUUUAAGAUUUUGAUACAUUAAAAAUUAAAGACAUUUGGCGCACGGUCUUCUAAGUCUAGAUCUAAAAACCUGUCAGUAGAAUAUUAAAGCGUCGAGUACAUUUCACAAUCGCUUAACCAGGUUUUGUGUCGGGGUGGGCUGGAGAGAAAGGUGUGGGCUAAAAAUUGUUGAGCUUUUAAUCUGGAAAAUAUCUUAGUUCUCUUAAGUCCUAGACUAAAGGUAAGUGAUGUCAAGUUUCAUCUUUGUAUCUUUUCGUCCACGGACAAAAGGAGAAUCAGUGAUGAGCCAGGUCCCUUAGAAAUAUAAUAUAUAAAUAUAUAUAAUUUAGUACAUUGAAUGUUGCAUGUAUUUUUGAUGUUUAGCUGGCUUUAUUCACUUAUAUACCAUAUUAAUGUAAAGAAAAAUCAAAUGUUUGUCUAACGAUGACCAAGCUUAAAAAAUAUUUUUUCGAUAUCUAUUUAUGGCAUUCAAUAUUUUUCUGCCCUCACUGUUGAUGAUUUUUAAUUUACGAAUGUUUAAUAGAAAAAACGAAGUCUUAAAAUAAAGAAAAAAGA